AUGGCCAACCAGGGCAAGUAUGGAGAGUGGAUUGCCGCGGCCCCGAGCCCCCCGAGUGCUCCCAAGCUGCGGAUCUUCUGCGUAGCCCCUGUGGGGAUGAGCGGCGCCUGCUUCCACCCCUGGGCCCCUGGCCUGCCAGCAGCCCUGGAGCUGAUGCCCCUGGAGCUUCCCGGCCGCGGGUUUCGCAUGGGCGAGAAGCUGCAGGCGACCUCCCUGAGUGCCCUUGCCGGGGCGGCCCUGGAUGGCAUAGGACGGCCCUUGUUCGAGGAAGUACCGUUCGUCGUCUUCGGGCACUCCUUCGGAGCUUGGCUGGCGUAUGAGCUGGCGCAGCAGCUGAGACACCGGGGUUGGCCGGAGCCUCUGAAGCUCUACGUGUCGGCCAACCGGGCCCCGCAACUUCAUGGUGUAAGCCACGACCCCGAUGGCGUGCAGCCUGAGCUUGGGAGGCUUGGCGAGGACGGUUUCUGGAGGCACUUCGAGCGGAGGUACGGUGCAAAUCCGGACCUGCAGGAGGAUUACAUCCGUGGCUUCAUCCGCCCCGUGCUUCAGGGAGACUUCUCCCUGCUGGAGUCUUACGUCCCAAGCUCCCUCGACAAGCUUUCAGUGCCGGUGUGUGCGCUGUGUGCGAAGGGGGACAACCGAUGCCGCCCCGAGCAGCUAUCUGCCUGGUCCGAGGUGGCAGGCGGAGUCUUUGAGGAGCGCUGGUUCGAAGAGGCAAGGAAGCCGGGGUCUUGGGCGACGGAGCACCGCUACAUCGUCGACAACCCCGGCGCCCUCCUGCGCUUUCUGUCGGCCGACCUGCCCGUCAUCGGUAGCCCAGUGGACGGCUACACUGGCAUCCCAGGGCCACUCAGCCCAAGUCCGAAGGAGGAGGAGAGCAGGAGCCCUGAGCCGACCUCUGGCGGGAGGUGCUGCGUUUCCUAG